AAAUUCUGUAGUAGUCGUGGCUGUCCAUAUCUAUGUUAUUCCAGCUAAAACAACGCAUGAGGGUGACAAACAUGCAGUAGACGCGGUUGACAUUUAAUAUAUUCUUAUAUCUCUAUGACCAAAACGUGUCUUUGAUUUUUCUGGAGGCGCUGUAGUAGGGAGUAGAUAGAUCCCAAAUUUUUUGUUCUCUGAUUCUGAAAAGCAGAUGGCCUGUCAUGAAGUGCCUGAGGGCAUUAUUAGUGGCUGGGGAGCUCUCUGCAAGAAGAGGUUCCUUCCUUAAAAAGGAUCUUCUACAAUUUCAAAGAAGCUCUUCUCUCCAGAACUCCAGGUUGCUUCCUGUGAGAAGUAUUCAACUGAGCACAGUUCUUGGCACUUCCAAUUUUACUGUAAAGAAUCGUGAAAAACAUGACAAAGAAUCCACCAACCAAUCCUUAAUGAAAACUGAAGAUCUCUUUGAGGCAACAUCUAUACAUGAAAAAACUAAAGCUACAUUUCAGGAAGCUGUGGACAUCUUCUGCAAGCGUGAUAUCCACCGCAAGGGCCAUGUAGACUUCAUCUAUGCAGCUCUGAGGAAGAUGCCAGAAUAUGGAGUGGAGAAGGAUGUCAAUGUGUACAACAAAAUCUUGGAUGUCUUCCCUAAGAAAGUGUUUAUUCCUCAAAAUAUUUAUCAAAAAAUGCUCAAAUACUACCCCAGGCAGCAGGAUUGUGGUGUCCAUGUGCUUGAACAGAUGGAGCACUAUGGUGUCAUGCCAAACAAGGAGACCAGGUCUUUGCUGCUCGAAAUCUUUGGUGAUAGAAGCAACCCUGUAAGGAAAUACCAGAGGAUCAUGUACUGGUUUCCUAAAUUUAAGCAUAUCAGUCCUUACCAAGUCCCAACUCCUCUGCCAGAAGAUCCUAUUGGACUUGCAAAGUUGAGCUUGCAGAGGAUUGCAGCUGACCUGAAUGCCAAGGUUACAGUACAUCAGAUCCCCCACUUGGAAAUUCUGGACUCUGAAAAAGUAAUUAAUCAUCCACAUAUCGUAGGAAUCCAGAGCCCUGAUCAACAGUCACUGUUGGCUUCUCAUAACACUGAAAAGCCUAUUUUCCUUGAGGGCCCCUUUCGCUUAUGGCUCAAGAGCAAGUGUGUUUAUUACUAUGUGCUCAGGGCAGAGCCUUCAGAAGAAAAUAUGGUGGAAGUGAUUGACCCAGAAAGGAAUUUCUACUACCCCAUGCAUCUGGACAUUGAUCUGGAACGAGAUGUCCUGGAUGAUUAUGAAUUUGACACAGAUAAAGUUGAAGAGGGCCCUGUAUUUGCCAUGUGUAUGGCUGGGGCAGAAAACAAGGCUACCUUGGCCAAGUGGAUUGUAAGCCUUCAGGAGACAAACCCUAUUUUGCAUGACAUAGUUGUCAUAUUCCGCCUCACCCACAGCACUCAGGAGCUGCAGUCCAACGAAGAAAUAGAGGAGGAUAAUGCAAGAGCACAGGCCAAAUUCUUCAAACAAGAAGUUUGAACACCACUGAUCGUGCUUUAAGUCAUUUCAGUCAUGUUAUGUGAGGGCUUUGAGGACAUCUUGAGCCAAUGAGUUAUCUGAAAAGUAAUUCAGAUUAAGAUGUAAAUUAGUAAAAUAUGUUUCUGAUAUUGCAGAUGGUGGAGGAUUGGAGCUUUGUAAAAUAAUAUCUGACAUAAUAAAAUCUCCAACUGUC